ACAGCUAGCUCGCAAACAUUAGCUGCUGUCUCUCUUCGGUCUUUGUUAGCUUACAGCUUAGCUUAGCAUCGGUAGCAGGGUGGACGAUGAUCAAACAGACCGUUUAUUGUCGGUGUAGCUGAUGCUAAGCUAACAGAUCUGUGACCUGUCAGUGUUGUUAGGCAGAUUUCACGGGUUUCUCUGGUUGGUGGCUGAUAUGCAGCUGUUAGCUGAUCCAGCUGUGCAGUGACCUUCAUCAUCAUCAUCAUCAACGUGUGGGUCAUUAUGGCCCUCAACUCAGGCUGCAGGCACAGCUGCUCUGCACGUGUUGUUUACCUGCUCGUCCUGUCAGGAUGCAUUGCUGCGUCUCAGAGGAAUGACAACGUCUACGUGUCAGGGAUUUCUAAUGCCUGCGGUGAGGGGGCGGAGCUUCUGCGAGCAUCCAGCGGCGUCAUCACCAGCCCCGGCUGGCCCUUUCAGUACCCGUCCAGACUGAACUGCAGCUGGAACAUCAGAGCCCGACCUGGAGACACCAUCACCAUCAGCUUCCAGGACUUUGACCUGCAGGGUUCCCAUCGAUGCUCGUCAGACUGGAUGUCCAUCAGCAGCUACAGGAGUCUGGAUGGGCUCAGGGUCUGUGGCUCCUCCCUGCCUCCACCAUACAUCUCCACCCAGGACCACGUGUGGAUCCACUUCCACUCUGACGACAGUGUGACGGGGAAAGGCUUCAGGCUGUCCUAUGUCAGCGGUAAACCAGAGGCGUCAGGCUGUGAGGUGGAUCAGUUCCACUGCUCUAAUCGGAAGUGUGUUCCUGACUGGUGGCGCUGUAACGCUAUGGAUGAAUGUGGAGAUAACUCAGACGAGGAGCUGUGUGUCGACUCCCCUUUCUCCUUCCAGCCUUGCAGCCUCAACCAGUUCCCAUGCCUGUCACGCUACACCCGAAUCUACACCUGCCUACCGCACAGCCUGCGCUGUGAUGGCAGCAUCGACUGUCAGGACCUCGGGGAUGAGAUUGACUGUGACGUUCCCACUUGUGGAGAAUUGUUGAGGAACUUCUAUGGGUCCUUCAGCUCUCCAAACUACCCAGAUUUUUACCCUCCAGGGAGCAACUGCACCUGGCUGAUCGACACCGGAGACCACAGGAAGGUCAUCCUGAGGUUUACUGACUUUAAACUUGAUGGGACAGGUUACGGAGAUUACGUAAAGGUGUACGACGGGCUUGAGGAGAACCCUCGCCGUCUCCUCAGGGUGCUGACAGCCUUCGACUCCAGGGCGCCGGUCGCUGUGGUUUCAUCGUCUGGUCAGCUCCGAGUUCAUUUCUAUGCAGACAAGAUCAACGCUGCCAGAGGCUUCAACGUCACCUACCAGGUUGACGGGUUCUGCCUGCCCUGGGAGGUACCCUGUGGGGCUAACUGGGGCUGUUACACGGAGCAGCAGCGCUGUGACGGGUACUGGCACUGUCCAAACGGACGGGAUGAGCUGAACUGUUCUUCAUGUCAGGAGGAUGAGUUCCCCUGUUCCAGAAACGGGGCCUGUUACCCUCGAUCAGACCGAUGCAACUACCAGAACCGCUGCCCCAAUGGUUCUGACGAGAAGAACUGCUUCUUCUGCCAGCCCGGAAACUUUCACUGCAAGAAUAACCGCUGUGUGUUUGAGUCGUGGGUGUGCGACGCUCAGGACGACUGUGGGGACGGCAGCGAUGAGGAGAGCUGUCCCGUCAUCGUUCCCACCAGAGUCAUCACCGCCGCCGUCAUCGGCAGCCUCAUCUGUGGCCUCCUAUUGGUCAUCGCCCUCGGCUGCACCUGCAAACUCUAUUCACUGCGCAUGUUUGAACGCAGGUCAUUUGAGACCCAGCUGUCUCGUGUAGAGGCGGAGCUACUGAGGAGGGAAGCCCCGCCCUCUUAUGGUCAGCUGAUCGCCCAGGGACUGAUCCCACCUGUGGAGGAUUUCCCAGUGUGCUCUGGGAGUCAGGCCUCUGUCCUGGAAAACCUCCGUCUGGCUGUUCGCUCUCAGCUCGGCUUUACCUCCCUCAGACUUCCCUCCUCCGGUCGACAUGGCAACCUCUGGCGGCGUCUCUUCACAUUCUCGCGGUCCCGGCGGUCUGGCUCUCUGGCUCUGGUCUCUGCUGACCUGGAGGACAGCGCUGGCACUGGGAGCACUGGUAGUUCUGGUUCAGACCUGCUGUCUCCGGACUCAGAUGACACGGAUACGGAGGGCGAGCGAGGAAGAGAGCGAGGUGUGGGUGCAGUUGGCGGGCCUGUUGCCCCUCUACCCAACAAAACUCAGCCCUCCUCUGCUGUAGAGGCUGUGCUGUCUGUCACAUCAGCCGCCCCUGUGAUGCCAACGCUGGCCCGCGAAAGACCCAGAGAGGCCCCCCCCCCCCAGCCCAGUCCCAUGGUAACAUCCAGACCAGAUCCUGAAUGCCAGAGUGAGGCCUCACAGCUCCAGGCUCCGCCCACAUCAGCCCUACAGCGACUAGCCCAGAACCUGCACAGACUUGCCAGAAACCUGACCAGAACAAGCCCCUCCCAGCAGGACCAGACAUGGACCAAUCACAGUCCACUUCACCAGCUGGAGACAGGAAGAGGUGUCGAUGCUGCUGAGCGAAGAGGAAGCAGAGAAGAAGAAGAGGACGUCGAGCUCCUGACUGUCUCUGACUCCUCCUCCUCCUCCUCUUCCUCCUCAUUGGUGAGCGACAUCAGACAGCCGCUCCUGGAGCACCACCCACACCGCCAACACCAUGGAAAUGCUGGUCGGGGAGGGCGUGACGGCCCCUGUGAACACUGCAGGAUGGUCCACACGGCUCAGAUCCCUGACGCCUGUCUUGAGGCAACUGGCAAGACAGAGAGCAGCGACGACGAGUUGCUGCUACUCUGCUAGAGGGCUAACAUGCUCAGCUAACAUUCUAACUGAUAGUCUUACACUUGCAGCACUCUGACUCAACACUUACAGCAGGCUUACAUGCUAACUGACCCAUUACUCUGACUCAAAAUGUUCAGCAAGUUAACAUGCUAACUGACAGACUAGCACUUACUACUCUGACCCAACAGGCUACCACUGCUAAAUGUAACCUUAGCACACAUCUCAUACAUUAGUCAGCUAGACAACAUGCUAAUAUAUCACACUGGACUACAGCUAUCCAUAAAGCUAACUUGUUCUCUGGACUGUGACACAGAUAAGCUAACAUGUGUUAGACACGUUAGCAUGUUAGCUGGAUCAAAUGUUAGCCCUCAAUAAUGUUUGAGAUAACGGACCAAUCAGAAACCAAAUGAAUGAUGUCACUGGUUGGGUCCUAAUGUUGGUAUGACUGUAAAAACUGCCUCCUGUUGUUUCCCUGGUCCGUCCGUAAAAACCAUUACCCAGGUGUACUUACUGCUUGGUACGACUUUGUCAACUCUGACCUCCUCCUUGUUGGUACGAGUGUAAACUAUGUCCUCACAGAACAAUCUCUGUUACUGAGAACGUUAAAGUCGCAUCAUAGACGACACAUACCUGUUGGACUGGUGCUUCGGUUAAAAUGUCCCCCCCCCCCCAUCUCCUCAGUGCUGUUUGAUCUAUUUAUGAAGAAGAUGAUGAAGGUCAUGUGAACAGUGGAAGGUAACCAGAGACCUCCGCUAGCAGGCAAAUGUAUCAAUAUCAUUGACUGUAAUCAGAGUCACAACAGUCAGCCUGAGUCUCAGUGACUCAGUUUGAGUUAAGGUGAGUCAGUCUGAGUCUCUGUGAGUCAGCCUGAGUCUCACUGAGUCAGUCUGAGUCUCAGUGACUCAGUUCGAGUCAAGGUGAGUCAGUCUGAGUCUCAGUGACUCAGUUCGAGUCAAGGUGAGUCAGUCUGAGUCUCUGUGAGUCAGCCUGAGUCUCACUGAGUCAGUCUAAGUCUCAGUGACUCAGUUCGAGUCAAGGUGAGUCAGUCUGAGUCUCUGUGAGUCAGCCUGAGUCUCACUGAGUCAGUCUGAGUCUCAGUGACUCAGUUCGAGUCAAGGUGAGUCAGUCUGAGUCUCUGUGAGUCAGCCUGAGUCUCACUGAGUCAGUCUAAGUCUCAGUGACUCAGUUCGAGUCUCACUGAGUCAGUCUGAGUCUCAGUGACUCAGUUCGAGUCUCACUGAGUCAGUCUGAGUCUCAGUGAGUCAGUCAGAGUCUCUGUGAGUCAGUCUGAGUCUCAGUGACUCAGUUCGAGUCAAGGUGAGUCAGUCUGAGUCUCAGGCUGGAAGUGUCUCAGUGUCUCCAGCCCUCUGCUGCAUUGUUCCUCUUCUCUCCUGACUGUUGGUGGAUAAACAGCAACACAAACGUUUUUGUAAAAAGUUUAAUCAAUGAGGUCAUCACUCAGACUGAAAGGUAACACCAGCCAGACUGACAUGUCUGUGUCAUGUGACCCUCAUCAUACUGAGCAUGCUCCAUGCUCUCUGUGCGGCUCUAAAAGAUGACGUUCUGACAGAAGGAGGUGGUCUGAGGUUUACCUGUUCACAAACUGAGGUUCAACUUUUGAGCAAACGUAGAACUUCUCUUUAUUGACUCCUCAUCUUUAUUGACUCCUCCUCUUCAUUGACCCUUCCUCCUUAUAAUUUGCCCCUCCCCCUCUUUAUUGCCCCCUCCUUCUCUGUAUUGACCCCUCCCCCUCUUUAUUGACUCCUCCUCAAACUGAAGCCAUCCACAGAUCCUGUCUGUAUUUAUGUUUUUUGGUACCCAGAUCUCGGCUGACCUAUUGUGAGUGUGACUGUGUAUAUUUAUUAUUAUUAUUAUUCUUGUUGUUGUUAUUAUUAUUAAUAUGAUGGUCAUUCUUGUUGUUGUUGUUUUGUUUUCUAACCUGCAUGAUUCCAGUGGUUUGCUGUUUUCUUUUGAGUCUGUAGUUAAACUGUUUCAAGAAAAAG